AUGAAGUUUUCCGACACUUUUGUUUUAGCUUUUGCCGCUUGCGCAAUUGCUGCACCAGCACCAGCACCAGGUGCCAACGCUAACGCAGCCUACAAGAACCACGCUGUUGUUCCAAAAGCUGCAAAGAGAGAUGCAGCUCAAGAAGACUGUCAAGAACCAGUUUUCCAUGGUCAUCACAAACACAAGAGAGCUGUCGUUUACGAAUACGCUUAUGUUACUGUUACUGUUGAUGCCAAAGGUAACCCAGUUACUACUACCGCCACUACUUUAACUGAAUCAACUGGUGAUGCUCAAGAAACUGGCAAUACUUCACUGGAAAUUUCAUCAACCACCACCAUUGUUCAAGAUCAUUCAUUAACCUCAAAUGAACCAUCGACAUUGUCUUUACCUAGUGGAACAAUCACCCCAUCCACUUCAUCUUCUGAAGCUUCCUCAACUGGUGGUUCUUCUUCUCCCCCAUCUUCAUCCAAUGGUAUUAAUGGAGAUUUAUCAGCUUUUGAAAACCCAUCGGAAGAGUUCCCUGAUGGUGUAUACUCAUGCGAUUACUUCCCAUCCGGACAAGGUGUUAUUGCCUUAGACCACUUGGGAUUCGGUGGUUGGUCAGGUAUUUACAACAGUGACACAUCCACUGGUGGAUCAUGCAAAGAGGGUUCUUAUUGUUCAUAUGCAUGUCAAAGUGGUAUGUCCAAGACUCAAUGGCCAGAUAAUCAACCAUCCAAUGGUGUUUCUGUUGGUGGAUUAUUGUGCAAAAAUGGUAAAUUAUACAAGACCAAUUCAAGAUCCAACUACUUGUGUGAAUGGGGUGCCGAUAAAGCCAAUGUUGUUUCCAAAAUUGACAAAUCAGUUGCCAUUUGUAGAACUGAUUACCCUGGUACUGAAAAUAUGGUUAUCCCCACUGUUGUUGAUGCUGGUUCUACUUCAGUCAUCACUGUUGUUGAUCAAGAUACUUACUACAGAUGGAGAGGUGGAGCUACUUCUGCUCAAUUUUACGUAAACAAUGCUGGUGUUUCCUAUCAAGAUGGAUGUCUUUGGGGAUCUGCUGGUUCGGGUGUUGGUAAUUGGGCUCCAUUGAACUUUGGUACUGGCUACGCUGGUGGAGUUGCUUAUUUAUCCUUGAUUCCAAACCCAAACAAUUACGACUCAUUGAACUUCAAUGUCAAGAUUGUUGCCGCUGAUGAUUCCUCAAAUGUCAGUGGCCAAUGUGUUUAUGAGAAUGGGAAAUAUAAUGGAAAUGGUAAAGAUGGAUGUACCGUUGGUGUAACCAAGGGUAAAGGAAACUAUGUCUUAUACAACUAG